AUGUUACAUUGUUCUCGUCGGAAUGCUUGUGGUGAUCAACAGUACCAUAGGUUCUUCUCUGCCUUCCAACGCGAUCCCAUCUAUCGCUCCGUAUUUCCACAUAACGUCAGAGGAUGCGGAAAUCUUACCAAUAUCGAUGUAUCUCCUUGGGUAUGUGCUUGGACCUCUAGUUGUGCCUUAACACCAACGUGGGAUGGGCUCUUAGCAUUUCGAAUUCUCGCAGGUAUCAACGCAAGUAGUCCUAUAUCCGUCAGUGGAGGCAUCUAUGCAGACAUAUACAAGGAUCCAGUAACAAGAGGGAGAGCCAUGGCGGUUUUCACUGCGGGCACUUGUGUAGGUCCUCUAGUGGCUCCAAUAAUCUCGGGCUUUAUAUCUCCUGUCCUUGGCUGGCGUUGGACUUUCUGGAUUGGCUUGAUUGUUGCUGGUGUAUCUUGUGCUCCCCUUGUAUUCCUUCCAGAAACCUACGGUCCGAUUCUACUUCUCAAACGCGCACAAAGGUUGUGA